AUGGCCAAGCAGAGAGUGGGCUGGGGAGAGGGAAGGGACUGGCUGGCACACACGCUGCUUAGGUACGGAGACAUGGUUCCUAAGACCAUUGCGGGGAAGAUCUUUGGCUCGAUCUGCUCUCUGAGCGGGGUGCUGGUAAUCGCCCUGCCUGUCCCCGUCAUUGUGUCCAACUUUAGUCGCAUCUAUCAUCAGAACCAGAGAGCAGACAAGCGGCGGGCGCAGAAAAUGCAGAAAGCCCGCUUGGCCAGGAUACGAAUAUCUAGGGAGGGAACCUCCAACGCCUUCCUCCAUAGCAAACGCAACGGCCUGUUCAACGAAGUCCUGGAGCUCACGCAACUUCCAUUCAAGAUGAACCUUUCGGAUCAGAACUCUGAGGAGGAUCAGCGGUUAAGUAAGUCGACUUCUCUAUUAGAGAGCCAGCACCACCACCUGCUGCACUGUCUGGAGAAAACCACUAACCACGAGUUUGUGGAUGAGCAGUAUUACCAGCAGAGCUACCUGGAGGCAGGAAUGCAAAACUACCCAUCUCAAAGCCCCUCCCUCUCCAGCCGAGAAGGCGUGACGGGCACCUGCUGCACCCGCCGGAGCAAGAAGCACCACACCCCUUUACAGAACGCCAGCGGCCCGGCGCACAUGCAGCCUUUGACGCACACACACCAACAAGGUUUGCAGGAGCUCAGCACCAUCCACAUCAGCACCAGUCGCUCCAGUCUGAACAUGCGCGUUGACGAACCAGCAGCCCUGAACUGCCAGAGCAGCCAGAUCACCACAGCAAUCAUCAGCAUUCCCACACCGCCCGUGACGACCACUGAUGGCGAUGCUCACCUGCCGGCGGGCCCCACCUACCAGAACGUUGUGAAGGUGUCCGCACUGUGAAGACUGGAGCUGCAGACCCGCCAUGCAGAAAGACAGAUAAAGACUCACUGAGACAGACUGAGGGACAGAGGAGGACUGGGAAUGACAGAAGAAAGCAUCCGAGAGUCCUAGCUGUGGUGGAGCCUGACCUCUGCUGGUCAUGUACUGUAACGACAUGGACUCCCCGCACUGACGGAGGAUGGCUUUUAGAUACAGUUUAUUCAUGUUAGUGGUUGGCAUGCAUGUGUGCGCAUAUGCAAGUGUGUGGGUGGGUGAAAGAUUAUGUUUAAGGUGUUAUUCUAGC